GCUUCCCCUGAAGAAGCCAAGGUCGUCUUUCUUGUCCUAUUAAUCCUCUUUCGUCUACCUUGGAGGGACCCUCAUCUUGUGCCCUGACCUCAGCCUCCUCCCCAAACCUGCUGAGGAGUGAAUGACCCUCUUCUGGGCCUCCAUCCAUCUGCAAAGCCACCGACUUCCAGCCCACAGGGCCCCAGCCCAGGGCCCUGCGCCCUCACCAUGGUGAAGUUGCUGCCUGCCCAGGAGGCAGCCAAGAUCUACCAUACCAACUAUGUGAGGAACUCAAGGGCCGUAGGUGUGAUGUGGGGCACGCUCACCAUCUGCUUCUCCGUGCUCGUCAUGGCCCUCUUCAUCCAGCCUUACUGGAUCGGCGACAGCGUCAACACACCCCAGGCAGGCUACUUUGGCCUUUUCUCCUACUGUGUGGGCAACGUGCUGUCCUCGGAGCUCAUCUGCAAGGGUGGCCCGCUGGACUUCUCCUCCAUCCCCUCCAGAGCCUUCAAGACUGCCAUGUUCUUCGUGGCCUUGGCCAUGUUCCUCAUCAUUGGCUCCAUCAUCUGCUUCAGCCUGUUCUUUGUCUGCAACACAGCCACUGUCUACAAGAUCUGCGCAUGGAUGCAGCUGGCUGCUGCCACAGGCCUGAUGAUUGGCUGCCUGGUGUACCCGGACGGGUGGGACUCAAGUGAGGUGCGGCGCAUGUGCGGGGAGCAGACAGGCAAGUACACCCUAGGCCGCUGCACCAUCCGCUGGGCCUUCAUGCUGGCCAUCCUCAGCAUCGGAGACGCCCUCAUUCUCUCCUUCUUGGCCUUCGUGCUGGGCUACCGGCAGGACAAGCUCCUCCCUGAUGACUACAAGGCGGAUGGCAAAGAGGAAGUCUGAAGCAGCUGAAGGGUGGGUCAUCUAUUUCGCUGACAAUGGAAAAUUAGGGAAUUCUUCAGGGAUAAAAAUUUGUUCCUUCCAAGCUUCCCUGUCCCUGACUACUAUCGGCCUGAAGUCCUGAAGCCCUUUCUUUAUAGGAUUGGAACCUGACAGUCUCCUGAGACAAAACCUCCCACUGUAUAUAGAAAAUCCUUUCAGGUGAAGGAGACCUGCAGUGACCACAUGAAAGAUAUUCAGAGAGACAUGGAUGGUACUCUCCUGACUGGGGACUCAAGUUCUCUCUCCAUCCCUUCACACCAGCAAAUUACUUUACCCUCCCAAGGUCUCUCCUCUGGAAAAUGAGGGCUGAAUGAGUCCAUGUCUAGGGCCCUCCCAGGUCUGAGUCUCCAAUAGUCUAAUUAACUGAGGAUACACUCAUUUGAAGGCACACUGGAAACUGCCACCCAGCUCUGAAAGGGCCUUUUUUCCCUUUGGAACCAAAAAUCCCAGUUCUUCAUAGUGCCCACACUGACUCAAUCAGAACGGGCUACCAGCUUCAGAAAUUUGUUACUUGUGUCCAAGAAAUUUGUUAUAGUAAUAUUUGACAUUUCUUGUAAAGAACUUUGGAUUUGCCACACUAAAUGGUGAAUCUUUUGCCAGCCUCCAGAAGGGAACUCAAUUUAGGUAAUAUCUCAUUGCGGCAAAUGCCAAGAUAAAGAUAGGUUCUUUAGGCUGUUCCCUGCCUGGGGGAUGGUGCAUGGAAACAAGAUUUUGUUAUCUGCAGUGAAUGAUUCUGAAGAACGGGUGUUUUUUCUGGUCUUUGUCCAUUUAGUUACUCAGUAAAGAGAAAAAUGUGGGUGCUAACUCGCACAGGACGGGGUGAAUGCUGAACAAAACUGUGAUGGAUCUUGUCAUUGCUUGAUCAAGCAGCAGUGACGUGAGAAAUGGUAGGUUUCUUCUUCCUGGGCUGUAGGGCAUGCUUUUUAACUAAGGCACUCUGCCAACCUGCCCAGUCAGUGCAGUGCUUCUUCUCCAGUUCAGAUGGGCUAGGAUUGAGUAUCCAGCAUUGUCCCAGUUGUUGGCGAUGGGAACUAUCAGAAUGAGAUCUAAGAACGAUCACAUAUUUUUCGUGUGCUGAUAAAAUUAUUUCAGAGUCAGGCACCUACUUUAUGCAAGCUUGAUGAAUGACAGAAUUUGACAAAUUCUGUAGCUUACUGACUUUUCUAGUUAUACUUAUUCAUUUCUCCUAAUUUUACUUUCUAUAAGAGGCAAAAGAAAAAUUUCUAAAAGCCUCUCUACCUUCAAAAUAUUUCUCAACGAAAUGGCAACUAUGGUGGUCCACAGAAGCUUCUGGAGGGCUUAAGGUGCACCUGGCAACAGCCUGUAACUUACUCUUGCCAGGAACAGUUUCACCAAAGCAGGAGUCCAUGUUUACCCGUGAGCAGCGCUGGGGAAGGAUCUGCAAAUCUGUUUGUGAGUCAUAGGACCCAACAUUUCACCUGCUCUAUCUUCAAGGAAACUCAGAAUUCAACCUCUUCAAUAAUAGUAAUGAUUUUGGUUGAUACCUAGUAACUGCUUAUCAGCUCUUUUCAAGUGGCUUUACCUUUAAAUAAAUUUUUAAAGGCACUUCGAAUCUUAUCUUUGAAAGUAUAUAGAAAAUCAAUAAAAUCAGCACUCUAACCAAGUUGCUUUAUUCCUUCCUCACUUCUGGCUUGCCUCUGCCUUAGGCUGGGGCUUAGAGAUGGUUGUGAUACCCAAGCUUCA